CUACACUACAGGUUGUUUCGUUGGUUUCGACACAGCUCGCACGGUACGGGACGGCCAAGAAUAGCAAAGAGCACGCGAAUCUAGCCGUCCUGUAACUGAGUCUGGUGAAGGCGACCGACCGCUCCCUUCGUAGUCCGUCAGAACGUAUUUUGGCGUAUAUUUUUCUUAGUAGACAAACGCGCGAUUCGCGAUUAAGUCGUAUAUGGAGGUAAGAAGAUCGUUUCAGCGUGUCGAAUCACGCAAAGUGAACUGAAUUGAAGUGGCCUCGGCGAAGUGAAGUUCUAAAAGCAGUAGAGAAGGAGAGAGUGAGACGAAGGAAAAGAAAGAGAAGAAGAGACUGUGUGCGAAGUGGUUAUAAGGUUCUUGAGUGCAGUCGUGCGUGUUUUCGGGCAAUGUCUCUCGAGAGUCGUUCGAGUUCGGCCCUGUUUAAGAGGGCUGAACAACUGAAACGCUGGGAACAGUCCGAAACAAAUCGCGAACCGACCCAACCACGUCAGGUCGCACGGAAGAUCAAGUUUUCAGCGGAUUGUGUGUUCCUGGCAGCAUGCGCGGCAGGCGACAAGGAGGAGGUCGUACGUUUACUCCAAAAGGGGGCGGAUAUCAAUACCGGAAAUGUUGAUGGUCUCACAGCAUUACAUCAGGCAUGUAUCAAUGAUGAUCUGGAUAUGGUCGAAUUUUUAGUGGAAAAAGGAGCUGAUAUCAAUUGUGGAGAUAAUGAAGGAUGGACACCAUUGCAUGCAACUGCAUCUUGUGGAUUUAUAUCUAUUGCUAAAUAUUUAAUAGAAAAAGGAUGUAAUUUAGCAGCAGUUAACUAUGAUGGCCAAUUAGCUCUUGAUAUUGCUGAAAGUGUUGAAAUGGAGGAUAUGCUGCAACAACAUAUAAGUAAAGCUGGCAUAGACUGUGACCAAGCCAGAAGUGAAGAAGAAAGAUCAAUGUUAAAUGAUGCUAGAGCAUGGCAAUCAGGAGCAACUGGCAAGGACUCAAUCCAUCCUAAAUCAGGAGCUACUGCUCUUCAUGUUGCUGCUGCUAAGGGCUAUAUUGAUGUUAUGGAAAUAUUAUUACAAGCUAGAUGUGAUGUUAAUGCUCAAGAUUUUGAUGGUUGGACACCUUUGCAUGCUGCAGCACAUUGGGGACAAUUAGAAGCCUGUGAACUUCUAGUGGAAAAUUUUUGUAAUAUGGACAUUAAGAAUUAUGCUGAUCAAACUGCAUUUGACAUUGCUGAUUCAACUAUAUUAUCAGCUUUGGAGGAAUUAAAAACAAAACAACAGUUGUUAAUGAAAGAUCAUCCACAAAUUAUUAAUAAGAAACAACCAACUAUACCAAAGAAGCGUGUAUCGACAAAUAAUGAAAAUACUAUAACUACGCAAGAAUUAGUGGAAACAUUUGAAGAAGAAACACCAAAUAAAGUUAAAAAGGUCGAAUUAGAAAUUCAAUCUGAUAAAGAAGAUUCUAGUACUGGAACAAAUAGUGAUGUUGCAAUUUGUAUUUCUUGUAACAAUGCUGCAUGGACAGAAGCGACACGUGAAACAGAUAUGGAAGAGAGUGAUGGUGAAGGUGAAUCUGAGACUAGCUCAGACUCACAUUCUUCCACUUACUCCAAUCAAUCUGAUAAGUCUAACGAAUCAAACCAUUCUCCAUGUCUUACAGAUGAUGAAAAGAAAAAUAGAGCAAAUAGAGAAGAAAUAUCCUCGCGUAAUACUUCGUCUCCUAUCGAUGCUAGUAAAGUUCCUAAUCAGGCUCCAAUAAUGCCUCCAAAACAACAGACUGAUAGUGAAGAAGGAGUUAUACCAUCUUGGCGACGUUCAGGCUCUUUCAGAAAUAGAGUACAAAAUACAGAAGGAACAUACACUUCAAAGCUUGAAGAAAAAGAUAAAAGUAUUAAAUCGCCAACCAUGUCAAACAAGCUUAAUACAGAACCUGAUGUUGUAUUGACAAGAACACAUAGCUUUGAAACGGAUGAAAAGUUUUAUGAACAGUACUUGGCAUUACGAGCUCGAAUCAAGGCGUUUUCUUGUCCUACUCUCCAUUGCUGCAAUGCUACUCUUACUCACACGAAUACUACAACACGUUCUGCAUCUCUACGCGAAACCCACAGAAAAAAAGAAGCAAAAUUAAACUUGGAACUCUCAAGACUGCCACAAGGAAGCAAUACACUUUCACCAACAACUACAUCAAAAACAAUAGUGUCAAGUACACUGCCAACUACUACAGCUACAGCUACAACUGCCACAACAACAACAACAACUACUACUACUACUACUUCUACUACUACUACUUCUACUACUACUACUACUACUACUACUACAAGUCCUAAUCCAACUAAUCAAAUACGCAGUGUUCAACCAGUGGAAGCUACAGCUACAAACAAUUCAGUAGCAGUUCCUGGAACUCCCACUACACCAGGAGGGAGCAAGCUAAGUCCAGGAAAUAUCUUCAAGAAUUUCUUCAAAUCGUUUGUUCCUCCUGUUCGUGAUGAAGAAAGUGAAACACAAAGAAAAGCUCAUGCAAAAAGAGUAAGAGAAACUCGACGUUCAACUCAAGGAGUGACACUGGAUGAAAUUAAAAGUGCAGAACAACUAGUAAAAAAGAAACAACAAAAUAAUGAAGUUUCUUCUGCAAUAUCAUCUACACAGCCUGCAACCACUACCAGCAAUACAGCCUCGAUUACAGCUACAAUAACAACAGCAACUCCUACUACUGUAAUUGCAAAUAAACCUUCUGAAGAACUUAAUUUACCUGAGAGACGCCCUUCAUGGAGGUUGAAAGUGGAUAAUGGAAGCAAGUUCCAGUUAGAAGAUGCCAAUAACAGAGCUACUACAUUAUCUAAUCCAGAUACCACUACAGCAUAUAUGAGAAGACCUUCAGCGGGUACAAGUGUACCAAGACCAUCAUCAGCUCCAGUUGAAACCAUUGCAACGAGUAGUGCAGAAACAACAGUGACUUUACCGCUGAGACGAUCGUUAAAACAACCUGAAGAUAAAGGUAUAGAUACUUAUGUGUAUAAGUUUAAAUGUACGAAUAAAAAUUAUUACUUUUGCUCAUACGUUUCAGAACAAGAUAAGGAAAAUGAUAGUAGAAAUGCACAAGCUACACAAGCUGUUAUACAAAGGAGACGAAGACCUAAAAGAAGAUCUACUGGCGUCGUCCACGUUGAUAUGGACGAAAUCGAUCCCGAGAAACAAGACUUAACUGCUGGUGGGGAUUAUGAUGACUCCAAGAUCAACCACAAUGAGAGUGGAAAUGAUCGAACUGGAAGAUCUAACAGACUAGGAUCUAUAUCAUCACUAUCAUCAGAAGCACCUUCUAUGUCAGUUAGAAUAAAAUCUACAACUUCUGAGAAUGGAGAAUUAGAUUAUAAAAAAUUAUAUGAAGAAUCUCAAGUAGAAAAUGAAAGACUUAAAGAAAAGCUUAGGCGAUCAGAUGAACAAUUAAGAGAAACCAGAAAUUUAUUGGACAAAGCACAAAGUGCACAAAAUAAAACAGUCUUAUCUGAAGCUGAGAAGAGAGAAAGGAGAGCAAUGGAAAGGAAAUUGUCGGAAAUGGAAGAAGAAUUGAAACAAUUACAAAAGCUCAAAGCUGAAAAUGAGAGAUUGAAAGCCGAAAAUCGGGCACUUACCCGCGUCGUAUCCAAACUCACCAAUACUACUAAAUAGGUGAUGGACCAAUUGAAAUGUGAAAACCAGAGGCUAAAAGAUGAAAACGGUGCCUUGAUAAGAGUAAUCAGUAAAUUAUCCAAAUAACUCUAAUGGUCUUAAAAAAUGACUGUAUAGCGUUUCUUAUGUUGCAUUACAACUGCAUUGAAUGAAUUGUUUUAGCUAUAAAGUAUCAUGAUCAUUAUUGCUAGUAUUCUUACAAUGUAUAUUACAUCAUCACAUUAUUGAUGAAUUUAUUCUUAAUGCUAGUAAUUUAAUUUAUUAUCAAACAAAUCACUCGCGUGGCUGUGCCAAGAGCGAAGAGAAACAUUGCUCCUAUUCUUAGAAUUGUGAAUAGUUGACUAUAAAGGAUUUAGAAUUUUUACUUUCUCACAUGUAACUCUUCCUGUCGAAGAUAAAAUUCAUGGUUCAUUUUAGAGCCGGCGCUUUGUAAAGCAAAAUGUACUUCGUUCAAAUUGAUAAAAAGCAAAUGUUCUUUAUGACAAUUUUUUUAAAGAACUCACGUUAUUAAUGUUGACUCUUUAUAAGGAUAUUUUGUAAAUAUGUAAUAGGUAAUAAUAACGUGGCAUUUUAGAAUUAAAUAAGAAAAAUUUUUUACUUUCAAAAAACACAUAACAGAUAUAUAUCGAAUUUAUUGUAUAAACUUGUUUCCAUAAUUGUAAUGCAAGCGAAUACAUUCGUAAAGUAUUACAAGAUUAAUUAGAACAAUAAAAAAAAAAAAUGAAUUAAGAUGAUUUUCAUGCUAUUGAAGUGGCCUUUCCUGGAAGACUGCAAUUUAUAAUCCUUCCAUCAUUGCCAUAUUUUACAGAAAACAAAAAUUCGUACACUAAAUAAUGUAUGUUUUAAUGUAUUAUUUUACAAUUCUUGUUAAUGAAAUAUAAUUCAAACUAAAAAUUUGUAAUACAUGGAAAAAUUUUUAAAAUAAUAUAGUUUCUAAUAACUGAUACCAACGAUGGAAACUGUGUUAUUACAUUUAAUAACUAAUUUAGUGUACUUGAUUGAAAAAAAGUUUUUUACUUUUUAAAUAGUAAUAUUUCUAAUGAAAUUUUAAUUUUGAUAAACAUAAUAAAUUUAUAGGUAAUGAGAAAAGGACAAAUGAUAAUGUAUGGGUGACAUGUUUUUUAACAAUGUUAUUGUAAAAAAUUGUACAAAAGAAUAGUUAUUUCAUAAUAAUUGUUACUAAAUAACAAUUCUGCGUAACUGUUUAGUAUAUAUACGUACUUCCAUUACAUCAUGUAAUAGCUACUUGUACGGCUUAUUGUACUUGAAAAUUUGAAUGAAAUUAACAUCACAGUAUACAAUGCUCAUUAUUGUAUAAAUUAAAAAAAAGUCCGUUUGUACAAUUUGUGAUGAGUAGUUCAAUCUUUAUCAAAUAUUUUUAAGCUUGAGAUGUUUUACAUUAUGUACUUUUUGUAAGUAUAAUUAUCUAUAGUUCUAACAUAUAUACGAUUAUGUACUGUAUAUAUAAUAUUAUUCAAAGAAUUCAAAUAAUCAUUUGUAAAUUUUUGUUUGUAUAUUCGUCAUUCAGUUUGUGUCAAUGCAUCUUUGUAACAUUUAUAAAACCACAUUCAAUAUUUCAUAUAAACAAUACAAAAUGAUUAAAUCUUUGAAAAUUCGUUUGAUAAAGAUUGAUUCUGCUAUGAUAUCUUGCACGAUUAUAAUAAACAUGUUCCACCCUCAGGUAUCAUGUAAAUAACAGUCAGUGAAUGUGGUCUGACAUUUCUGUGAAAUAUUUUAUAAUACAAUUAACACUGUUGAAAAUAAAAUUUUGUGCUGGUUCAAAUUAAA